UAGAAUAAUAAAUGCGAUGGAUAUUUCACAAAGACUCUUACAUUAUUUCAUAACUAUGUAGUUGACUGUAAUCAAUUAAUAAUUGCAUUUUAUUUUGCUGAAUGAUUGAUUGUAGAAAAUCCAUUGGGACGAUACAUAUGGAUUCCAAUUUAGGCGAAUAUUUCAUAUGCGCACUUUUGGAGUGCUUUUUAAACGCGGACUAGCACAUCAUGACUUUUCUAUGUCAUAUUGAGUCGAUAUUUGAAUAUCUAAUUAAUUGGUAGAAAAACAAUUUUUUUUAUACGUCUAUACAGUGGAGGAUUCUACUCCAAGCAGGAAAUCGAUUAACUUUCUAUCAAAACAUUGACAAUGUUGUUCCUAUAAUGAUGCAGGGGAGAUAGCAUAUCUUAGUAAGGCAAGAGUCACCAGACUUUGGUGUCAGACCAGCGUCCAAUAAGAAAAGUUAUAGCGAGUCAUGUGACGUUCAAACGUCAGUAACGUCGCGUAACGUCAUAGCAACGUCGUCAUUAUUAUUAGCGACGACAAAAUCGAAGCACGCGAAAUUAAGCUAAAAAUACUUUCCAAGAUGUAGCCAUGAAAUUGAAUGGGUAAUAAGAUUAGCGUUCCGGCAGACAAGGAGGGAUCCGCCAUUUCAUUUUUACGUCAACGCUUUGGCAACAACGAUGGAAAUGCUGACCAGUUGACCUUCGAGAUCUCGGACGAGAGCGAGAACGAGCGUUCCUACACGUCCUACACCCUUGACAUCCAGGUGGUCGGCGUGAACGACUACGCGCCGCUCUUCCUCUUUUCGCCAUACAACGUCUACGUGAACGAGGACCGGCGGCCCGGCGCCGUCGUAGCCAAUCCAAUCCACGGUAACGACGCGAUGUUCUACAUGGAUCCCCGUACGGCCGCCGUUUACCUGCGCGACCGGCUGGACUACGAACGGAACUCGGAUUACGUCAUCACCAUACAGGUCAACGACGACGGCAUGCCAAAAAGGCGUUCCUCGACGGCGCAACUCAACGUCCACGUGAAAGACGUCAAUGAUAACCCGCCCGUCUGCGAGGACACGUUCCUCGCUCUCCAUUUUGACGAGAGAACUCCAGCGGGCUCAGUGAUAGCUAACAUCAAGUGUUCAGACGCGGAUUCCGGAAAUAAUGGUCGACUGUCUUACACAAUCACGCAAGGGGACUUGACAAAAUUCCGCCUGCAAGGUUCGAACCUGGUGCUGGACAAGGCAAUUGACGUGGACAGGGAGUCGCCCACGUGGCGCGUGUCAGUCCUUGUCCAGGACAGGGGCGAGCCCCGCCUCUCCCCUCGUCAUCGUCGAUCUCCAUAUUCGUGGAGGACGUGGAUGACAACGCGCCGGUGUGGGCGCCGCCAGAGAAUGGGGAAUAUCCGUAGGUGA